AUGGUUUCCCCAGUCAAGAUCCUCGUCAUCAACCCGAACAGCAACGAGCCCUUUACUCAGGUCCUACAGAACCUAGUAAAGCCUCUCCAGUACGAGGGUCAACGCAAGGCCAAGGCCAGGGCGCGGGCAGUCACAGGCAUCUUCGAGGCGAGCGUCACCACGGCCAUGACCAUUGCCGGCGCGAGUUAA